AGAAAAUGGCUGAAGCGAUGCCAGGUAACAAGGACAUAUUUGACUGUCCUAUUUGCUUGGAUCUUCUGAAGGAGCCAGUAACUCUUACCUGUGGACACAGUUACUGUUUGCGUUGUAUUGAAGAGUGCUGGAAUGAGGAAGAUGUGAAGGGCGUUUACAGCUGCCCCAAAUGCAGACAUGCUUUCACUCAAAGACCCGAUUUAAAAAAGAAUAUUAUUAUUUCUGAACUUGUGGAUCAACUGAAGAAGAGCAGAGUUCAAACUGCAGCUCCUGUUGAAUGUGCUGCUGGACCUGGAGAUGUGGCCUGUGACGUCUGCACCGGGAGAAAAUUCAAAGCUGUCAAGUCAUGUCAAGAAUGCCUGAUGUCGUACUGUGACACUCACCUAAAAGCCCACAAUGAGCUUAUAGGUAGAAAUCACACCAUAAUUGAUGCCACAGGCCAGCUACAGGAGAGGAUCUGCCCCCGUCAUAAGAAGGUUUUUGAGAUAUUCUGUCGCACCGACCAGAGUUGCAUCUGCUCUCUGUGUACUACGGACGGUCAUAAAGGCCACGACACAAUCACAGCUAUGGCAGAGUGGAGCCAGAAAAAGGCAGAGGUGGAAGAAAGGAGAUGCCAGCAGAUAAUCCAGUUGAAGGAGAAGGAGCUGCAGGAGCUGAGGAAGGCUGUGGAGACUCUCAAGUCUGGUGCACAGACAGCAGUGGAGGAGAGUGAGAGGAUGUUUACUGAGCUGAUCCGCUCCAUUAAGAGAAGGCGCUCUGAGGUGACAGAGCUGAUCAGAACUCAGGAGAAGGCCAAGGUGAGUCGAGCUGAAGGACUCCUGAAGCGACUGGAGCAGGAGAUUGCUGAGCUGAAGAGGACAGAUGCUGAGAUGAAGCAGCUUUCACAGACACAGGAUUCCAUCCACUUCCUCAAGAACUUUGUGUCCAUCACUGAGAGGCCUUACAGCACAGUUUCAACCAGCGUGACCUUCAGCCAAAACUUCUCUUUGGACCCCCUGAAGAAAUCUGUGUCUGCAAUGAAGAUGCAGCUGGAGGAAAAAUUGGAUUCAGUCAUCAAGCAGGAAAAAGCCAAGAUAUCUGCAGCAGUGUCUGAUGGCCAGGCUCUUACUGCUGAACCAGUUACCAGAGAGGACUUCUUAAAGUAUUCCUGUAACUUGACUCUGGAUCCAAACACAGUACACAGCAACCUCCAUCUGUCUCAGGGGAACAGGAGGGUGUACAGAUCUGGGGCCCCUCAGUCACAUCCUGAUCAUCCAGACAGAUUUAAGAAUACUUAUCAGGUGCUGUGUAGAGAGGGUGUGUCUGCACGCUGCUACUGGGAGGUUGAGAGGAGUGGAGAGGUUGGUAUAGCAGUGUCCUAUAAAAGCAUCCAAGGAGGAUUUGGAAAUAAUGAUCAGUCAUGGAGUCUGUACCUCCGCAGCUCCAACUCCUCUUUCAGACACAAUAAGAAAGAGACUGACCUCCCUCUAGUGGCCAGCCCCAGAAUAGGAGUGUAUGUGGAUCACAAGGCAGGAACUCUGGCCUUCUUCAGCAUCAGGGGAGACACAAUGACCCUCCUGCACAGAGUCCACACCACAUUCACACACACACUCUACCCUGGGUUUUGGGUAGGUGGUGGAUCAGUGAAGCUGUUGUGAAGCCCCUAGAGAUACUACUUCUGUGGGUCAUUCAACACACACACAGGCACGCACCCACGCACGUAUGCAUGCACGCC